CGCCAAAUUUUUAAAGCCAAAAAAACAUCGCAACAAAUAAAACAAGAUAAAAUAAGAUAAGUAUAUUAGCAGCUAUUUUUCUGCAUUCGUAUAUCCAAUAAAAUUAGAAUUAUGGGUACCGAAAAAACAUAUCAAUCGUAUAUUAAUACCGAAUCCAGUGACGAAAUUGUUAUUUCUGGCAUGGCUGGCAGAUUCCCAGGCUCAGACAAUAUAGAACAAUUACAAAAAAAUCUAUUCAACAAAAUUAAUCUUCUUAGAUUAAAUCCUCGAUGGAACAUAGAGUAUUUGGACUUACCAACUCGCAUGGGAACAAUUAAUAAUCUGGAAAAGUUUGAUGCCGAUUUUUUUGAUAUGUCUUUUAAAGAAACAAAUACGCUUGAUUCUAUGAUAAGAAUGUUACUGGAACACACUCACGAAGCAAUUAUCGAUGCAGGGAUCAACCCAAAACAAUUACGAGGAAAAAAUACUGCAGUAAUCAUUGGAACGUGUUACUUUGAAUCACUAGCGACAUUUGUAUACAAUAAUUUUCAGAUAACCGACGGAACCAUUAUAGGAUGCUCUAAAUCUGCAGCGGCAAAUAUGCUAUCUCGCUCAUUCGAUCUGAAAGGACCGUCUCUUACAGUGGAUACUGCCUGUAGCUCUGGUCUAUACGCUAUCGCAAUUGCAUAUAAUUGUAUUAUGUCAGGCCAAUGCGAGGACGCAAUAGUUGGAUCCGUAAACCUUUGCUUAUCUACUCUAAUACAAUUGCAAUUCUAUCGGCUUGGUCUUUUAUCUCCUGAUGGAAAUUGUAGGCCAUUUGAUAUUGCCGCAAACGGUUAUUCGCGUUCCGAAGCCGUGUCGGUAGUAUAUCUUCAAAAAGCUAAAAAUGCAAAAAGAAUUUAUGCUAUAUGUAAGCACAUUAAACUAAAUAAUGACGGUUACAAAGAAGAAGGAAUAACAUAUCCAUCGACACACAUGCAGAGGGCUUUAUUAACGGAGUUUUACAAUGAGUGCAAAGUACCAUCAUCUGACUUGGAUUACAUCGAAACACAUGCUACUGCUACUAAGGUUGGCGACCCUGAAGAAAUCAAUGCUAUCUGUAACGUUUUCUGCAAUAGAACAACACCAUUGAUGGUGGGAUCUGUAAAAUCCAACCUUGGUCACGCAGAACCUGCCAGCUGUUUCACACAAAUCGCAAAAUUCAUUUUCAUUCCCGAAUCUUUCGUGUAACAAUUUGAAACCGAUUUUGUACCGCCUAACAUUAAUUUUACAUCACCGCGGGACGAUAUAGACGCCUUAAGAAAUGGAAGCAUCCGUGUCAUCACAGAAGCAAUGCCGCUUAAAAAUGGUUAUGUAGGCAUAAAUUCUUUUGGUUUCGGUGGAGCCAAUGGUCACAUGUUAUUACAAUGGAAUGUCAAAAAAAAGAUUAAUAAUGGAGCACCUACUGAUGAUUUACCAAGACUUGUGGUAUUGUCUGGAUGCACAGAAGAAUCAGUGAAAUUGUUUUUACAUGAUAUUGCUAAUCAUCCCAUAGAUGUAGAAUACAUCCGUUUACUACACGACAUUCACACAGACGACAUAGAUGGUCAUUCAUGGAGAGGAUACAUUAUACUGGAUUCUCGGCAAAAGAAUUCUAUACAAAAAAUUCAAAUUUGUAAAAACAUAAAACGACCUAUUUGUUUCAUAUUCUCUGCCUUGGAAUCGCAAAGGCCAGAAAUGAGUAAAGAGCUGUUAAAAUUUCAAGCAUUUUCAAAUGCUGUAAAAAUGUGCGAUGCUAUUUUGAAACCGUAUGAUAUAAGUAUCACAAAUAUUUUGACGACAAUGGAUGCAAAAUUAAGCGAAAGUGCUUUACAUACAUUUGUUGGCAUCAUCGCUAUGCAGAUUGGCUUAGUAGAUCUCUUAACAUCUAUAGAGAUUAUUCCGGAUUACAUAGUUGGUCAUUUUGCUGGUGAACUUGGUUGUGCUUACGCAGAUGGGUGUCUGACUAUGGAACAAACUAUUUUGUCAGCGUACUUUAUUGGUUUAGCAUGCGUAAAUGAAAAAUUAGUUCAUAGCUCUGUCGCAGUUCUCAAUUUUGAUUACAGUUCUCUUAAAAGCAUAUGUCCAACGGAUAUCGAAAUAAUAUGCAGAAACAAUCAAAACAGCAAUAUUGUAACUGGCCCCACUAAAUCCAUGCAAGAAUUUUUGCGAAAAUUGCAAAAGAGCAACAUUAACGUGACAGAAAUCUCCUGCAACAACAUACCUCAUCACAGUCGUUACCUCGCUUCUCUGAAAUCGCAGUUAUUUACAAGUUUGAACGAAAUAAUUUCACAGCCCAAAGAAAGGAGCCUGAAAUGGAUCAGCACUUCCGUACCUCGUAAUGAAUGGUCCAAUCCAACGUCAAAAUUAUGCUCAGCAAGCUACCAUACGCGCAGUAUAUUAAACACAGUUCUUUUUGAACAAACAAUUCAUAUGAUCCCAGAUGACGCUGUAAUUAUCGAAAUUGCACCAGAUAGCACUUUACAGGACAUUUUGAAAGAAUCGGUACAUUCAAAAGUAACGAACAUUGUACUGACUAAGCGUAAUGAACCAAAUGCUAUCAAUUUAGCAUUGCAAGGGAUUGGAGAACUCUACAACUGUGGCCUCCAGCCGAGGAUCGCUAAUUUGUAUCCACCGGUGAAUUUUCCAGUUAGCCGAGGCACUCCUAUGAUCUCACCAUUCAUUAGAUGGAAUCAUUCUGAAGAUUGGUUUACAUGCACACAAUUAACAACAGAGAAAAUCAAAUACAGAGCAAGACACAUAGAAAUUUUAACGAAUAACGAUGAUUAUGGCUAUAUGACCGGUCACGUCAUUGACGGAAGAAAUUUGUUACCUGCAACAGGCUAUCUAAUGCUUGUUUGGGAAACCAUUGGAAUGAUAAUGGGUAAAGCUUACCAAUCAAUGCCAAUAGUAUUUCAAGAUAUAAAAUUUAUUCGGGCUAUUCAUUUAUCAAACAAUAGCUCUGUGAAUUUGACAAUUGUGAUACAGAAAGGGAGCGGUACAUUUGAAAUCAUUGAAAGAGACAGCGUUGUUGUAACAGGUAUAGUACGCACUGUAUCAAAUAUCGAACAAGAAAUGACGCCGAAUGGUCUAUUACCAAUGGAUACUGACGAGGAAGAACAUAUGACUUCUCGAGACAUUUACAAGGAAUUAAAACUACGCGGUUAUCAAUACACUGGUGAAUUUUGUGGCUUAAAUAGCGCAUCAGUAUUAGGCAGCAAAGGGCAUGUCAUUUGGACAGGUAAUUGGGUGACAUUCAUGGACAACAUGCUGCAGAUGUGUAUAAUUGGAAGAGAUACCAGAGACUUAUAUGUUCCAACGAGUAUUGAAAAAUUGGUAAUUAAUCCUGCACUUCACAUUUCAAAGUUACGGGAAAUGACAUCAGAUAAAACUAAACAGGUAUCAGUACGUGCAUAUAAAGAAAUAGACGUAAUUAAAUCAGAUGGAAUAGAGAUACAUGGCCUGAAAGCUAUCUCGAUUUCUCGCCGAAAACCAAUCGGAGAUCCCGUCAUCGAAGAACAUAAAUUUAUAGCUCACCAAGAUCGCGCUGAUAUUUCGUUAAAUGAAGCAAUUCGAAUAUCGACGCAGCUAGCGCUAGAGGAUUAUCAGAUCAUUAAAGCAACAGCCAUAGAGCUAGUGGAAGAUACAGAUGAUGUAAUGUUAGAAGAUCUAUCAUCAACGUUACUGAUUGAAGCUUUUGCUGAUAUUCCUUUAAUACAAGCAAAUGUUGCUAUACUAACAUCGCCGAAUCGUUUCAAGCUAGAGGAACUGUCUUCAAAUGUUUCGGUUGCAGAUUUAAACGAACCAUUUGUAGGCGACAAAGCUUUGAUAGCUACAGGAUUUAAUCUUUUGACGAAACAUCAGAAUUCAUUAGAAAAACUUUUGCCUCUUUUGAGGGAUGGCGGUUAUCUCUUAACACGCGAGAAAUGCAAUCUAAAUAAAUAUGAAAAAUAUUUGAGUGAAUAUGCAUUAAAUGUUAUUCUGGAAAAGCGUACGGAUAAAGAAAUAAUUAUACUAUUGAAGAAAAAGGUUAUAAUAACAAAAACAAUUCUCGUCUAUAUAAAUAAUAAUAAUUUCAAUUGGCUCGAAGACUUGAAGCAACUUGUAGACGGCGGGAAUAAACACGACGGCAAUAGCAGAAUUGUAAUUGUUGGAGAGGGGGACUUUGAAUGCGGUUUAUUGGGUUUUAUUAACUGCUUAAGGAAAGAACCUGGUGGACAACUGGUUAGAGGUGUGCUUAUUCAAGACAAGCAUGCUCCUAAAUUUUCUUUACAAGAUCCAUUCUAUAUGCAACAAUUACAAAAAGAUAUGUUUGUUAGCGUUUUGCGACCUAAUAAAAUUUGGGGAUCUUACCGACAUUUGCGAUUACCGCAUCCAGAAGUCGAAUCCGUAACUGCCGCCUAUGUAUGCCAAACGGUUCAAGGAAAUUUAAAUUCUUUCUGUUGGAUGGAAAACAAUAUAUCUGUCAAUUCUCAUGGCAAUGAUAUAGUACGCGUGGUCUAUUCGUCCAUCAAUUUCAAAGAUGUAAUGCUAGCAACAGGCAAAUUAUCAUCUGACUUCGUAAAGUUGACUCGACUUCAUGACACGAGUCUUGGACUGGAAUAUGUAGGAUUCGAUGGCAAUGGACAACGAGUAAUGGGAAUUUUGGACGAUAAGUGCAUAGCGAAUGUCGUUGUACGAGAUAAAGAUUUAUGUUGGAACAUACCCGAUACAUGGACAUUUGAGGAGGCGGCUACAGUACCGUGUAUUUAUAGCACAAGUUAUUAUGCCCUAUAUCAUUUUGGAAAAAUGAAGAAGGGUGAUAAAGUACUUAUCCACUCUGGUACUGGCGGCAUUGGACAAUCAGCCAUUCAUCUCGCUCUUCAGGAAGGAUGUCAAGUGUUUACUACCGUGGGCACUGCAGAAAAACGUAAAUUCAUCAGAAAACUGUUUCCGGCUAUUCCCGAUGAGCAUAUUGGAAAUUCGCGAGACACGAGUUUCGAACAAAUGAUAAUGAGUCAAACAAACGGUCGCGGCGUUGAUAUUGUAUUAAACUCAUUGGCGGAAGAAAAACUUUUAGCAUCUGUUCGCUGUUUGGCAAAAAGGGGUCGUUUUCUAGAGAUUGGAAAGUUUGAUAUUUUGUCUAACAAUCCUCUAAACAUAUCUUUAUUUCAAAAAGGUAUCAGUUUUUAUUCGGUUCUUAUGGAUCUAAUUCUUAUCGGUAACCAUAAAAAUAAGUCUCGGUUAUCCAAGUUAAUGGUUGAGGGUUUAAGAAAGAAUAAUAUUAAACCUAUUCAGAUGACAAUUUUUCCUAUGACGGAGAUAGAAGCAGCUUUUAGACAUAUGGCAAGCGGUAAACACACAGGAAAAAUUAUUUUAAACAUACAACAGGAUGGUAAAUCUUUGGAUUCACCUGUUCUUGCACACCGUCGUUAUUACUGCCUAAGCGAUAGAACUUACGUUAUACUAGGCGGCUUGGGUGGAUUUGGUUUAGAGUUAACUGACUGGCUGAUACUUAGAGGCGCGAAGAAUGUCAUACUAACUUCGAGAACUGGUAUAAAGAAUGGCUAUCAGCGAAUGAGGAUUGAGUUAUGGAAAUCGUACGGUGUAAACGUGCAGAUAUUUAAAAACGCAAAUCUUGCUAAUCCCGAAGAAUGUGAACAUUUUCUACAAAUGGCGGAGGAACAAGCACCAAUAGAUGCGAUAUUUAAUCUUGCUGUGGUUUUGAAAGAUUGUCUACUUAGGAAUCAAACCAUGGAAACUUUCACGGCAUCUUUCCUGUCGAAAGCCUGGACGACACAGACAUUAGAUAAAGCAUCUAGAAAGAUCUGUUUAAAACUUCGACAUUUUGUAAUGUUUUCUUCCGUUUCUUGCGGAAAAGGGAACGCUGGACAAACUAAUUAUGGGAUGGCCAAUUCCAUCAUGGAAAGAGUGUGUGAAAAAAGAGCGGAGGAAGGACUACCGGGAUUGGCAAUUCAAUGGGGAGCUAUAGGUGACGUAGGUCUCGUCGCUGACAUGCAGGAAAAUAAUAAAGCGCUUGUUAUCGGCGGUACCUUGCAGCAAAAAAUAUCUUCCUGCUUUGUAGAACUCGAGAAAUUUUUGCUCCAAAACCGACCGAUCGUAAGCAGCAUGAUCGUAAGUGAAAAGAAAACGGGGUUAUCCGGAUUAGACAACAUAGUGAAAAUUGUUGCUGAUAUUAUGAAUAUAAAAGAUAUAAAAACAAUAAGUCAAAAUACACUUUUGGCUGAACUUGGAAUGGAUUCCAUGAUGGCUGUGGAAAUUAAACAAACUUUGGAACGAGAAGUUAAUAUCUUGCUCACUCCACAAGAACUACGAACCCUCACAUUUGCAAAACUGAUUGAAAUGUCCAAUGUAAACGUUAGCAACGAGACACAAACUGAAGAGGCAACUGAAGCGGCAACUGAUAUAAAUAAGAUAGAUCUUACGAAAGAACAGAAAUUGUUAUUUGGUGUUUUGAGAAAUCAAGAUUUUGUUUCAGAAAUUUGUUUAGAUCUUCCGACCAACACAGUGGAUAAUUCAACUCAUGUAUUUUUUAUACCAGGACUUGAUGGCUGCGGAACAAUAUUUAAUCAUUUAGCGCCAAGAAUUAAAUUUUCGGCAACAUCCUUGCAAUAUGGCUAUAUCGGUGUUGCAAACACUUUAUCCGAGAUGGCUGAUCAUCUCUUAAUGUGCAUAUCAUCACGAAUAAGAGACAAAAAGAAAGUCGUAAUAACAGGAUAUUCUUUCGGUUCUUUACUUGCAAUUGAACUAAUAAGAAGAUUGGAGGCUACGGAUACUAAAAGUCGAUUAGUUCUCAUCGAUGGAAGUCCGGAAUAUAUAAUGAGUAGUGAAAUCAAUAAGACUUGCUAUAUGAGCGAUGAAGAAAUUCAAAUUAAUAUUAUGAUCAUUAUUCUAAAUAUUUGGAACAUAGAAAUCAGUGAAGAGGUUCUAUUAGAAUUAAGAAAAUGUGAAACUUGGGAAGAAAGAUUUGAAGUUUUCGCUCAAUACUUUUCAAAAGUAAAUUCAUUUCUGUCACGCCCAAAUUUGCAAACACUGUAUACAACAAUUCAUAAAAAUAUACUGAUUAUUCGGCAAUAUGAUUCUUCUACAUUACCGCGUAUUAAAUCACCCAUAACGUUGUUAAAAUCUACAUCGUCAUAUGCACCUGAACUCAAAGAGGAUUAUGGUUUGUAUAAGAUAACUGAAAACAAGGUUGUAGUACAUCACGUCGAGGGUGAUCACGUGACGAUCAUGGCAAACGAGAAAGUGGCAUCUGUAAUUAAUGAAGAAGAAUUUUGAUGUUAAUGAGAAGUGGUUUAUGAGACAUAUAAUGAUCACAAAAGGAUAGAUUUUGUAUUAUUUAUAAUAUUACCGUUCGUUAGUUUCUUGUUAGCUAAAGAAUUUAACAUUCUUUACUGGGAACGGAAUCUUGUGCAAUCUUUUAAGGUGAAGGAUGGUGGAAAUGUUUUAAAUUAAAAUUCAAACUGUGGUUUAAAAUUAUUUAAUUAUAAGAAUAAUAUUGUUGCUGUUAUUUACAUGAGGUAUAUUACAAAUGUAUUGAAUUAAAUAAA